AUGUGCCAGGAACUUCUGAAAGUUGCUAGGCCUGAGAAUUGUACAGCUUUAGUUACGGUUCUAUGUAACAUUGAAAUUUGGAGUGUAUUAUCAAGUCAGCCAAAAACUCUCGAUAAAAAGUUGCAGAACAUUGAAACUUUACUGGUUAAGGCAGCUUCUAUCUUAACAAAAGCAGUACAUAAACAGGGCCAGGCUCAGGAGGCCUCUGUUCUUGAGAUUGACAGAUCCAUGGAAGUCUUGGCAUUGAUGGGUCAAUGCAACCGCCAACUUAACUUUUUUCGAAGGGAAUUGAUGAAAGUCAGAGAUUUACAUACAGAGUUUUCUCAUUUAUGUUCUCACAGUAAUAAGUUCAAUCAGAUCCUUUUUGGGGAUGAUAUACCCAAGAAAGUCAAAGAAAUCGGUGAUUGUAAACGUUUUUUUUUUGAUAAAAUUUCUGGUGGAUUUGGUGGAAAUUCUUCUUUUAACAAGUCUAAUUAUGUUAGGCCACAUGUAAGCAGUAGCAAGGGUCGAGGUAGAUCCUUUGUUCCUGGUAGAACCUACUAUGGUAAUAGGGGUGGUGCGAGAAGUUCUGGUACAAAUCGCACGGAUUCAAAAAACUUCAAGAAGGGCCCAGCGCGCCCAAAAGAAAGACAGUAG